CGCCGCGUCUCCGACCCACAGGCAGGGAAGGAGCAGCGGCAGCGGCUGCACGCGCCGAGCCCAGCGCCCCGGCUGGCCCGAAGAUGACUAGGAUAGUGGUAAUUGUUGCUUGGUGUUUUCUGCAAGUGGAAGGCAGGCAUCCAGAAACCCUCCCCAGUCACCACCACAAUGGCAAUUUCUUGGACAACGACAAGUGGCUGAGCACCGUUUCGCAAUAUGAGAAAGAUAAAUACUGGAACAAAUUCAGGGAUGAUGAUUAUUUCAGAAACUGGAACCCAAACAAACCAUUUGAUCAAGCUCUUGAUCCAUCCAAAGACCCAUGUUUGAAGGUAAAGUGCAGCCCACAUAAAGUGUGCGUCACUCACGACUAUGAGACUGCUAUUUGUGUAAGCCGUAAGCAGCUGGUACACAGCCUUUGGCAAAAGAGAGGAAAUCUGGCCCCGAAACAUUGGAUUGGACCGGCCAAUUUAGUCAAGUGCAAGCCAUGUCCAGUGAUGCAUGCCAGCCCUGUCUGUGGCUCUGAUGGACAUACUUACACUUCCAAGUGCAAGUUGGAGUUUCAUGCUUGUACUUCUGACAAAACUAUCGCAGCGCGAUGUGAGGGGCCCUGCCCAUGUCUUCCAGAACAAGAAAGCCCAAAACACAGGGCUGAGAAGACUGCUUGCACAGACAAGGAGCUGAGAAGUCUUGCUUCCCGACUAAAAGAUUGGUUCGGUGCUCUUCAUGAGGAUGCAAAUCGUGUCAUUAAACCAACAAGUUCGGACACAGCACAAGGCAGGUUUGACACCAGCAUACUACCAAUCUGUAAGGAUUCAUUAGGCUGGAUGUUCAACAAACUGGAUAUGAACUAUGACCUCCUGCUGGAUCACUCAGAGAUCAAUGCAAUUUAUCUCGAUAAGUAUGAGCCGUGCAUUAAACCCCUCUUCAACUCAUGUGACUCCUUCAAAGACGGAAAGCUUUCUAACAAUGAAUGGUGCUACUGCUUUCAGAAGCCAGGAGGUCUCCCUUGCCAGAAUGAAAUGAACAGGAUUCAAAAGCUAAGUAGGGGGAAGAGUCUGUUGGGUGUUUUCCUUCCACGGUGCAAUGAAGAAGGAUAUUACAAAGCAACUCAGUGUCAUGGAAGUACAGGGCAAUGCUGGUGUGUUGAUAAGUAUGGAAAUGAGAUCGCCGGCUCAAGAAAACAAGGGACCGUUAGUUGUGAAGAAGAGCAAGAAACCUCGGGGGAUUUUGGCAGUGGUGGAUCUGUUGUAUUACUGGAUGAUUUGGAACAGGACCGUGAAGCAGCGAAAAAGGACAAAGAAGGGAAAAUGAAGAUUCAUGUAAGAGCGGCUAAUGAGGAUGAUGAAGAUGAAGAUGAUGAUAAGGAUGAUGAAAUUGGUUAUAUAUGGUAGUUGUCACCGUUCUGAGGACUCAUGUUUUGCACAAUAUUGCAAGUCACUUCAUAUCUCUGCAAUUGUAUCUAAGAACAUCAGGCACAAAAUAUCUCUCCUCUCUGUUUAAUUUUUACAGUAUAUAUCAUUUUCAAGAUGGCUUUUUUCCAACUAGCUACUGGUUUGAAUACAGUUAAUUUUUUUUCCUCUAUCA